AUGCGAAUUGCCAACUUAUGGUUCAUCGACUCUCUAGGUGUGCAACACAGUCCUGACGGCAGCCAAAGCGACAGCAUCGCCCUUGAAUUGUUCGAAAAUGACGUGUCCAAGAAAGGAGAGCGCUACGAGGUUCCCCUUCUUCUUCGGGAGCCUGGUCUGGAAACCGGCCAAAGCAACUACGACCUCGCUAAACAGCGGCUCCUGAUGCAGCUCUGUCGCUUCCGACAGCAACCAGAUCUUGUGGUUUGUUAUGACGACACCAUCAAGGCAUACUUCAACGAAUCCCGCGCAGAACGAGUUCCAGACAACGACACGGUGGCCAAGCCCAACACGUACUACAUGCCGCAUCAUGGAGUAAUUCGUCGUGAUGCCGUCACCACCAAGCUUCGGGUUGUUUUUGACGCGUCAUCUCACGCUCCCGGUCAACCAUCCUUGAACAACGUGCUCAUGAAGGGGCCUAAGAUGGAUGCCGACUUAAUUAAACUUUUGCUCAACUUCAGAUGCAUCCAAUAA